CUGCUGGGAACCAGUUUGGCCUGAGUUGUCUCGCGAUGGCCGUGCCGGACAGUUGGGUCGCCUCGGGAGUCGCGGUACUGGUCGCCCUCGUCACAGUCGCCUGGUACGUCCGCCGAAGCCGCUGCCGCCGCCUGAUGGCCAAGAUGCCAGGUCCUCCGGGAGCUCCCCUCAUCGGGAACCUGCUGGACAUUGUGAACAACAGGGAAACUAUCCUGGAUAAAGUCAAAGAGUACCACGAACGCUAUGGUCCAGUGUGUAAGGCCUGGGUUGGUCCUUACUUUGGUGUUUCUUUGACAGACCCCAGAGACAUCUCAGUGAUACUCAACGGAAGUAAAUCCUUGUCCAAGCCGGUAUUUUAUACGCCGUUCAACAUAUUUUUCGGCGAUUCACUUCUUGCUGCUGAAGUUGAAAUAUGGAAGAGGUUUCGAAAAAUUAUGGCACCAACGCUCACCCUCCAGGUAAUCAACAAUUACAUCAGUACGUUUUGCGAUAAGAGCCAGGCGAUGGCUCACCAACUUGAAAAACAUACUAACAAUAUACCAUUUGAUGUGGUCAGUUACACAAUGUCGUGCUCUUUGAAGAUGGUUACCGAGACUACCAUGGGUGUACCAAUGGAUAAUCACGGUAUGAAUCAAAAGCACUGUUUCAUUACUAAUGUUCCAAAAAUAUUUAAAAUAUUAGGUCAUUUGACUCUUACGCCGUGGUUUUGGUUUACAAUCACUUUUAAGUUCACCAAGUUAUAUCAAACUCUUUUGUCAUUACUCGGACCUGUAAGAGAUUUUGUGGCCUUAAUUUUGAAGCAGAAGACAAGUUCAUACAGUUACACAAGUGAAGAAUGUUUAAGUAAUGAAAUGAACGACACAAGUACUUCUAAGCAGCGACAAGGGUUUCUGGAUCACAUGAUAGCAACCUUGGCUAAUGAACCAGAGCUUUUCACUCUACAGCAAUUGAUAGAUCAGGCUUUAUUAAUCGUAGCAGCUGCUACAGAUACUUCAGGCUACACAGUGGCACACACUCUCAUGUUGUUGGCCUUACACCAGGAUGUACAAGAUAAAGUAGUUAAAGAACAGGAAGAUAUCUUCGGUAAAGACAUAAACCGACCAGUUACGGCUAAUGAUCUGAAGCGGAUGGUGUUCUUGGAGCAAGUAAUUAACGAAUCGCUAAGACUUUAUUCAACAGUUCCCUUUAUUGUAAGGUUGGUGGACAGUGAGAUAAGAAUUAAUGGUUACACAUUACCUUCCGGAACAAACGUUGUUAUUCCUAUCUUCCUUGUGCACAGAGAUCCAACCUAUUACCCAGACCCUCAUGUGUUUGAUCCAGAGAGGUUCAACAAAGAAAAUAGUGCAAGUCGUCCCGUGUGUUCGUUUAUUCCGUUUGCUUCUGGACGCAGGAUGUGUCUGGGCAGGAGCUACGCCUACAUGGCGAUGAAGACCAUGCUGUCGGUGAUUUUAAGGAGAUUCAAUAUUCACGAAUAUGGCUCAAGAGAAGACAUGGAGAGUUCUAAAUAUCAGUUUUUUCUUAAGCUUGUGAAAGGCUACAAUUUAAAAAUUGGACUAAGGCAAUGGGAAAUAAGUGACUGAAAUUUAUCAAUAUUAAAGCUUCAUCGCGGGAUCGAAGACUUUAUUAUUAUGUGAAAGUGGAUACUGAUUGCUUCGGUUAUUGGUGUAUCUCGGACAAGCGAUAGUAGGUGUCACAGCUGAAUGAACAUUACUAUUGUCGAAGGGAGACUAAUGAAAGAAUCGUCAUGGGACUCGAUAAGUAUUGUCAUAUUUGCAAGUAUUAAAAUAUUACAUGACAUCAAAAAUUCUUGUAACGUUAACAAAAAUUAAGCAACUUACAUUAUUGGAAUGGAUUUAGUAUACGCCGUGGAAGAAAUGGGUCACCCACAUUUAUCAAUUAUGCGUUAGCUUUUAAUACGAAAACACAUUUAUGCUAAUAAUAAAAAUGUUUUUGACUGAAA